AUGAAUAAGCAUGAAAAGACCGACAUCCAUACAGAAAUUGCUGUCAGACAUCUUGUUUCGUCAUGCCCCAACGACAAAGUGCAGGAUGAUCAAGCUAAAACAAAAGCUCGACAAAACGACGUGAGACGGAGACAAGGGAUAAGUGAAAACCGUGAACUUUCCAAUGUAGCUACUGCUUACUCAAAAGACACUCGGGUGGUUGCAAAGAUACCUCGUCAAGUCUGCAAUUUGGGUCGACAAAAAGAUUUAUUAACUGUGUCUGAUAUAUUCCAUAAAUCUUUCGAACACCAUACAUCCAUUCGAAAAACUCUCAAGCUUUUCCAACUCUGUCAAGAAAAACGUGACUACAUGCGAGAGGCAGCCACUGCAAAAACAAGCGAUGGGUUGAUAGAUGGAGAUUGCGCCGCCAAUAAUGGCGGUAGCGCUUUUGAAAAGGCUGGAAAAGAUCGUUGUAGACCCACUCCAAGAUGUCGUCAGCGAAGCAAAGGAAAUUUGGCAAAAAAUCGUGUGUCCCCUUUACGCCUGGAUUACGAGACAGACUGUAGGAGUCUUAGGCUGUUGGGUAAUAACGCGCAACAAUGGAGUAUUUCUCCGAAAAGAAAACAAUUUGUUUAUCAAAAGCGAGAACGAAGUGCAAAAGCAUACGCACCAAAUUCUAGAACUUCUGAAGCCGAUUUAAAGUCAGAUGCAGCUUGGUUAAGGGCCAAAAGUACGCAAACUAAUGGCUGCCUGGAAACCAAAAUGUUGGUAACUUGUGCAGAAAGCCAAAUUCGUGAUCUAGUGGAUAAGAAAGAAGAUACGACUGAUCCGGAAGAUGAUUUAAGGGACGGCCGUGAAGCAGUACGCAUUGACGUGCCGGUCAACGUUAAAAAAACUCAAAAAAAUGUUGCGGUUCAGUGCCGUGUAAGCAAAUGUGAGCCAAGCCAAAGCGAAAAUAUAAGCGAAUGCCCCCUUCCAGUGAGCAUUGCAGGCAGAUAUCCCAUCUGGGUCGACCUUAAUGGUGCGGAGAAUGAGAGUGCUAUGUGUAAUCCGAAGGAGAGAAAAUAUAUACUGGUGGCUCAUUAUGACAAUUUGGACAAAGCCACCGCGUCUACCGAUCAUGACGCAAUGAACCAUGCAGCAGCGCUGCUCAAAGUGUCACCCUCCGUUUCGACUGUUUUUGAAUCUGACAGAGAACAAGCAAAUGGUGGAAGUAAUGAACAUUUAAGAAACAAUGCGAUCAAGACAAGACAUCGCACGAAGUAUUGGGAGCAUUUUUCGAUUCACGAGCAGAAAAGCAGCAAAAUGGUUGACGAUCAACAGGCAAGUGAAAUGAAAGUGUUGACGGACUUGAACGAGAAGAUGCAACGAAUGAGUAAACGCCUUCAAAAGUUAGAGAAAUGUGCGAAUGCAAUCGAUAAAGAAUUAACAUCUCCAGAAAGUUAG